AAGGGGCUGGCCCUGAGCCCAGGGGCAGUCGGGCCUUAUAAAGCGCCGGCAGUCGGGGCCCGGCAGGCUCCCCGGAGGCCUGUGCCCACACCCCUCUCCUGUCCAGCCCCUGCCCGCCCGGUUGGGGCCCAGUGCCUGCCCGCGGAUGAGCCACAGGACUUCCUCCACCUUCAGAGCGGAGAGAAGUUUCCAUUCCUCCUCCUCGUCCUCCUCGUCCUCCUCCUCCGCAGCCUCCCGUGCCCUGCCGGCCCAGGACCCACCCAUGGAGAAGUCCUUGAGCAUGUUUCCCGAGGAUUUUGGCAGCUUCAUGCGGCCCCACGCAGAGCCUCUGGCCUUCCCAGCCCGCUCCGGAGGGCAGGGCAACAUCAAGACCCUGGGAGACGCCUACGAGUUUGUGGUGGACGUGAGAGACUUCUCACCCGAAGACAUCAUCGUCACCACCUCCAACAACCACAUCGAGGUGCGGGCUGAGAAGCUGGCGGCUGACGGCACAGUCAUGAACACCUUCGCUCACAAGUGCCAGCUGCCAGACGACGUGGACCCUACCUCGGUGACCUCGGCCCUGCGGGAGGAUGGCAGCCUCACCAUCCGGGCACGGCGUCACCCGCACACAGAGCACGUCCAGCAGACCUUCCGGACGGAGAUAAAAAUCUGAGGGCCUCCCCUUCCCCUGCCCUCCCCUCUCCCCACCGGCUGCCAGCAAAGCCUUCCUAACCCCUUCCCACAGCCCCCAGGACACCAGCCAGGGUUCCAGCCUUGAUGCCCCCCCAAACUAGGGCCCUCCACUCUGCCCAGGGCAGGCUAGGGUCACCCUGGCCUCACCUGUGGAGCCCAGAUUUCAGACAUGACCUCCCUCACUUGAUCCCGAAUAGAAGGUUGGGGUGGGGGGAGGGAGAUCCCAAAGAACCCAGUCUAGGGAGGAGGAAGGCGACAAGCAGGCCACGUGGGCAAAUGAUCUGCAGGACAGACAGCCAAGUCCUUCGAUAUCUGCAGUCUCUGCAGGGCAGGGGCAGGGGGACCAGGGACCUGGGACCCCCUUGGCCAAGGGGAGCGGAAGAGGCACAGGAAGGCAGAGGUACCUAUCUAAGUGGAACUGCCUGAGGGUCAAGGACACCAGGAGACAGCGGUGACAGUAACGCCCCUCCACCAGUCUCCAAGCCCCAAACCAGCUGGCAGGCUGCCCACUCGCCCUGUGCCCCCAGCCAGCCAGCUGUGCCAGGGCAGGGCCACGUGCAUCUAUGCAUAUCCUCCGUGGGGUUUUUCCAAUACAGCCUGUUCUCGAGCAA